AUGUUGUAUUGGAUUAUUCUUUAUAAAAUUUUCUUGUUACAAUUAGCUACAGCAUCUGGAUCUACUUUAGGUGCCAUCCUAACACUUUGUGCUAAUGCUUCAGUCACCGGUUGUACAACAAAAUGGAUACUUCCUUUUACUGCUGGCGGUUUCUUGUACAUUGCAUUAGUCUCUCUUUUACCUGAUAUUUUAAAAGAAUUAUCAUUUAAAGAAUCAAUUAUACAUCUUACUCUUAUGUUUUUUGGUUUAACUUCAAUGGCCAUUGUCUCAUAUGCAAUGGAUUGAAAUUACAAAGUAUAAUAUUUUUUGAUAAAAACCAAUAAGCUACAACGCUGUGUGACAUAACAACGAUUACAUCAUAUAUAUAUAUAUACAUAGAUUCGUAAAAACAACAAACCAGUGGAAGAAUACUGAUCAUUGCGGAAAAAAAAACCCAUAUCCAAAAGACUUUGGAAUUUUUUAAUCCGGUUGCUACAUUUACCCCCAGCCAUCCUUCCCAUACCAUUUUCAUUUGACUUCUUUUAUUCAUCUAACUAAUAUUGUUAUUGUAGUAAGGACAACAAAACAUCCGUUUUAAUGAGCAUCAUCACUACUGUGAAACAAUUUUUGCGCCAUUCUCAACUUCCAUUUUUAUUUGAAUUUUAUUUUUUUUUUGUUUUGCAUUUUUCUCAUUUGUGCAUUCGCUUCGGCUUUCAAUUUUUUUAAUUUUAUUCUUUCGUAUACACGAUCAUCAUUUUAUCGAUUGUUUCAUUCAUAUUGUGACACCUAUGUGUCCGUUUUUAUCUCCUGUGUACACACAUCCUUUGUAUAAUUGAUAUGAAAAUAACAUCUUGUAAGCCAAUAUUAAUUAUAAAUAUAUAUAUAUUGUAAGAUUUGUAUUAUUUUAAAAAUAAAUUGAAUAAAGAUGAAUUUUUUUUUAUUGUAUUGUAUAGUGUGUAACAAUGUGUUGUAAACUUGCAUUAUCUGUUCGUAAUAUUAUUAUUAUUAUUAUUACGAUUGAUGAAAUUUAUUGUUUUAAUUUCAAACAGUAUAGAAAAUCACUUUUUUUUAGUCAACUCUAA